GGAGAGAUGAGCACUGCGGAACCUGACCACAAGAGCUCCCUAACACUCAGCCAGGCUUUCUUGACCAACUCGACCUCUGCUGACCUUGCUUCACCCAGCCCUUUGCCCCCAGGGGAGAUUCCGCAGCCCCUGUCCAUCAUCAUUGCGGUGGCCUGCAUCUUCCUUUUGCUGGCAACUUUUCUGCUUUUUGUCACCCUCUGCAAGCCGGCAGCCAUGGACCCCUCCCGCCACAGCCCUCAUGAAUGCAUGCCUUACCACCCGGAGACGCCCAGUGAGCCCCAGCUCCGCUUCUGGAAGCGCCUUGGCUCCCUGCGCCAGUCUAUUCACAGCUUCCGCCGUGGCCGGCCAGGCUCUCAGCACCCUGGGCCGGCCAUCCACCAGCCCCUACCUGAUCGAGAUUGGAGCCUAAUGGAAUCAACCAAGAUGUGA